GCCAAACCCAAAACCUGAUUCCAGAUGUCUGUGUCAACCAGGCAAAGCUUUGUAUACAGAAAACCACUGGACUACGAGUACAGCUGCAGGUCUUAUCAUGUCCACUUUGCAAUACAAAUAUUUGAACAUUGAAUAAGGAAUAAUCACCUGCAAGAAUAUGGGAGACCCCAAAACAAAAGAGGACAUGAUCAGACAUGAUGAGUGCAGCACUCUCUGGCCCAAUGGUAUUGAAGCCAUCAUCAGCUCAGACCUCUCUGUUUCUCAUCAGAACCAGCACAAGUUGAUGAUGAGAGGAACUAUGGAUUGGCCAGCGGAGAAACAACACUUGAUUAAUAACAAACCUGAAGAGAAAUCUGAGAACGACACCAUAAGGUUCUCCUUAGACGGCAGUGCAUCAGGUACUAGUGCUCCAGGGCCCAGUCCUGCCUUUUUAGACACACUGAGUUCUCUGGGUGAACACACAGAUCACAUGCUCUUGCCUCACUCCUUACAUCAGAUAGCAGAAGCUUAUUUUCUUGAAGAGGACUAUCAUUGGGCAUUUCAGUUCCUGCAUUUGGAGAUGCUAUAUCAUGAAAGACUGCUUUCCAACUUGUUCUCUAUGCAGAAGGACUGGGAAUCCCAGUGGAAGGCUGUCUCUCAAGCCAAUAACUGUUCUCGUGUGACGAUCCACUAUACCGAGACUGAGGCAAAGCGCAUGAACUCUCUGAAACGCAUCUGUAGAACACACCAAAGGUAUAAAAUCAUACCUAAUCACAGUGUGGAAAAGCAGGUAAUCGAGGAGAGCGUUACAGUUCAGCAGACAAGUACUGGAAAUCCUUUUCAAAUGAAGGAGUGGACAGAGCAGCCAUGGACUGACCCAGAAGAGGAAAAUGGGGAUGAAGAAGAGAACACAGAGGAGGCUCUGGAUGCUGAAAGUUUGCCAGAGGUGGUGCAGGAGGAGGUGGCCAGAAGACAGAAGUUAUCUGGGGAGGAACUGACUGAGCUAGUUGAAGUUGAGGAGACCUUUCCCUCCAGUGGUCUCAUCUCCAUCUUGAAGAAGAGAGCAUGUCCAGAGGAAUGCAGUCCUGUCAGUCCCUCUCCACCUAGAAGCUCCUCCAAAUUCAAAGUCCGCUUCAGUGAAACAGAUGCCUUACUGGAAAAUGAUGAAGUUGGUGAAGACUCCUGUUUAUUCUUCCUUGUCCUGUGCCUGGUAACGGUGCUCAUCAGCAUGGGCAGUACCAUGCUCUACUGCUUCCUGGGUGGGGCUUAUUCAAAUAUUUGCAUGGAUUUCUCACACAACAUGGACUUUUACUUUGGAUUUGUAUACCAAGUGGUGGACACUCUCACACCCUGGUUCAUUCCUGCAUCAUCAUAGUUCUGUUGCACUGGUAACACACUCCUGUUUUUCCUUCAUCUGAUGAUUUCAACGUCAAACAGCAGAAACAAAGGAUACCUCUUUACCUGGUGAAGACAACUGGACAACUCAAUUCAAGUGUAAAAGUAUUGUCAGUUACUGGAGGCUCAUCUUCCACUAUACACAGAUUGUGUAGAAUUCACAUUAUAUUAACUACUGCAUCUAAUUAACUGAUAAUUCUAUGCUCUUGUGGCUUGUUUCACCAGAUCUAUUUUUAUUUCUUUUGUGUUUCGUUAGCAAUAACAUUCCAUAAUUAUGUAUUGUCAACUUAAAAAAAUAUCAGUUCACUAAUUAAUUUCAUUUCAGUUCAAUUCACAAAUCACCACAUAAUUUGCUUGCUUAUAAAAAUGUAACCUUGUUUAGUAUUCUAUAAUGUCAGACAAUAUUUUAUGCUCACAAUAUUUUAUUACUCACAGUUGCACACAUCUGGAAAUUUCACUGUGCUAAAUUGAAAUGCAUUGCUCAGUGUUACUGUGGCUGUAUUUCUAUUGAUGCAAAUGAACAGAUCACUUUGAUGCACCUGAGAACCAACAGCACAGGUCCACAUGAAAAGCAGGGUAUUAUGUGCUCUAAUUUUACUAUUAAGACAACCUGUUUAAUCAUUUGUUUAUACAGUAAUUAUGACUAGACUUGUGACCAGAUUUGGGUAUAAUGUGUUAUUUUGUAACGCGUUUUGUUACUUUUUCUGAUGAUGCAGUAAUGUAAGGCAUUACAUUUUAAAUUGAUAUACUUUGAUUACAGUUACUGAUGUCAAUAAAAUUACAUUACUUGCA